CUGGUACAUUUUACAAGUUUUAAGAUUGUAGAUUUAGUAAUUACAUAGCAUCAACAGAAAGGCCUGACAAUGUUCCCUCUUUUGUAAACUGUUACUAUUGAAGGAAGUGCAAUAAGAAUACAAUUUUCUGAUCCUGCCCCCUCUUUCCACCUCCCUCUGCACCUUGCCACUCAAUCUCUUAAAGCUGAGUUGAUUUUUUUAAAAAAUAAUUUUCAGCUCUUGCUACAGAAGACCACUUGCCCACAGGUUCUUUGUGUGUGUGGGUUCCUGCAUUGGUAAUGAUCCACUGGGUCCCACCACAUGUUCUGUAGUAUAAACUCAGCUGUGAGGUGUGAGCUGCUGUGAGCAGGGGCUCCCAGUAGAGCCCUUUGGAGUUUGCUGAGGUUUGAGAGAGGAUUGGGGCAAUCAGUGAAGCCAAAGCUGUUCCCAGUAUACUUUGAUAUCCCCCUGGAUAAGGCAAGAGCUGCUGCCCUGGGCCUGUAUCUCUUGAGGUUGUGUUGCUGGCUGAUUGUUGUGGGUCUCUCUCCUCCUGAACAGGAAGAUGCCCAAGAAAGGAGGGAAGACUGCUGACGUGGCAGAGGAAUCACAGGCACAGUGUAAACGGCCCAAACUGGACACAGCUGCUUCUCCUUCAGUCCUGAGUUUUGAGAGCCCAGACAGCCUCUUCAGGAGCCUGAUCUCUCCCAUCGAAGAAGAGGUGUUUUUCAGGGAGUACUGGGAGCAAAAGCCACUGCUUGUUCAGAGAAAUGAUGUGCUGGUGGCUGCUUACUACCAGUCCCUGUUCCAGCUGGCACACCUGAAGGAGCUGUGCAGCCAGGGCCUGUGCUACGGGCGAGACCUGAAUGUCUGCAGGUGUGUCAGUGGGAAAAAGAAGGUUCUGAAUAAGGAAGGAAGAGUGAAUUACAUGCAGCUGAAGAAGGAUUUUGACCAGAAAAAGGCAACAAUACAGUUUCAUCAGCCUCAGAGAUUUAAGGAGGAGCUGUGGAAGAUUCAGGAGAAGCUGGAGUGUUACUUUGGGUCUCUGGUGGGGUCCAAUGUUUACAUCACUCCCCAGGGCUCUCAGGGCCUUCCCCCUCACUACGAUGAUGUCGAGGUGUUCAUCCUUCAGCUGGAAGGAGAGAAGCACUGGAGACUCUACAAACCAACGGUGCCUUUGGCUCGGGAGUACAACGUUGAGCCAGAAGACAGGAUUGGGAGUCCCACACAUGAAUUCAUAUUAAAGCCAGGUGACUUACUGUACUUCCCAAGAGGGACUAUUCACCAGGCUGACACUCCUGAGGGGAUCUCCCAUUCAACACACGUGACCAUCAGCACCUACCAAAACAACUCCUGGGGAGAUUUCUUGCUGGAUGCAAUUCCUGGCCUGGUGUUUGAUACAGCAAAGGAGGACGUGGCACUGCGGACAAGCAUUCCAAGGCAGCUGCUCAUGCAGGUGGACACAGCUGACUGCACCAAAAAGCUGAGCAGCCUUCUGAGAAGGCUUGCAGACAGUCUGGAGAACUCCAGGGACCUGAGAUCCUCCGACAUGAAGAAGGAUUUCAUUAUGCACCGGUUGCCCCCAUGCCUGGGAUGUGACUCUGAUCAUUUGACUCCAGGUGGGAAAUUGCCAAAAAUAGAUAGCAAAAUCAGACUGCAGUUUAGAGACCAUGCUGUCAUCACUGUGGAACCAGAUCAAGAGAAUGCUGAUGAAAUCCGCAGGGAGAUGGUUUAUGUGUAUCACUGCUUGAAGAACAGGAGAGAAACUCACAUGAUGGGGACAGAGGAUGACACUGCCAGUGAGGAUGGCCUGACACGGAGUCAUGGGCUGCGGUUCCCUUUGUCAUACUUGGAUGCACUGAAGCAGAUCUGGAGUAGCAGCACUGUUAAUGUUAAAGAGCUUAACCUUACCUCAGAUGAGGAGAAAGAAAACCUUGCCUUGUCACUCUGGACUGAAUGUCUGAUUGAAGUUCUUUGAUGCUUUUGUGAAUUAGUUGCUCCUGGCUAUUAAGCAUCUCUUGAGAUCAAGGUUUAUUAAAU